AUGUUUACAAUUAUAACAUCUGCAGGGCUGAAGAGAGGAGAGGAAAUGGGAACGAAAUCAAAAUCUGAGAAAUUUUAUGCAGAUUUUGUAAUGGGAGGAGCAGCAGCAGUAGCAUCAAAGAGUGCUGCAGCACCAAUUGAAAGAGUGAAGCUUUUGUUGCAAAAUCAAGGAGAGAUGAUUAAGAGAGGCCAACUCAAAACACCUUACAUGGGUAUUCGUGAUUGUUUCAAAAGGGUGUUUAGAGAAGAAGGUCUUUUUCUUUCUGGAGAGGUAACCAGGCCAAUGUCAUUCGAUAUCUCCCUACCCAGGGCCUCAAUGGUGCUGAGUGAGCUUCAUUCUGUGAAUGAGGAAGGCCUGUAUGAUCAGAAACAGGCCAUGGAUGAGACUGCAUGCUUUAAACAGCAUUUUGCUUUCAAUUUUGCAUUCAAAGGUUACUUCAAAAGCUUUUUUGGAUGCUCGAAAGAGAAAGAUGGUUACAUGAAGUGGUUUGCUGGGAAUGUUGCUUCUGGAAGUGCCGCUGGAGCAACAUCUUCACUGUUUCUGUAUCAUUUGGAUUAUGCACGUACCCGGCUAGGGACUGAUGCAAGGGCAUGCCCAGUAAAUGGUCAACGCCAAUUUAGAGGGUUAUUAGAUGUAUACAACAAAACUUUGUCAAGUGAUGGAAUUGUAGGUCUGUAUAGGGGAUUUGGGGUUUCAACACUGGGAAUUACUCUUUACAGAGGCAUGUAUUUUGGUAUCUAUGACACCAUGAAGCCUAUCAUUUUGGUGGGAUCUUUUGAGGGGAAUUUCUUUGCUAGUUUUUUGUUGGGUUGGAGCAUCACCACUGUAUCUGGAUUCUGUGCUUAUCCCUUCGACACUCUGAGACGGAGAAUGAUGCUUACUUCCGGACAUCCUGUGAAGUAUCGCAAUUCCAUGCAUGCUUUUCAUGAGAUUAUUCGCCUUGAAGGUUUUAGAGCACUAUUCCGAGGAGUUACUGCAAAUAUGCUUCUUGGUGUGGCUGGAGCUGGCGUACUUGCAGGGUAUGAUCAACUGCACAGAACUGCAGUUAGACAUGGCUAUGUUUUCGAGCCACAUAAUAAUGUCUUGAAGUGA